CAGUUAACCGCAUUCGUCAUUCGUUUAACGGCGAAGAUUGGUUGUGUAAGGGAGCUGGACUCCACAAGAAACGAAUUGUGUAUACUUAUAUAAAAUUAUAAACGUGUAUAUAUGUAUUAUUAAAAAAAAAUGGCAAUGCAAGAAGAAAUUGGUAUCGGAGAUUUGGUUCUUUUGGAUGAAAUCACAUUAGAAAAGAUUGUGGAUAAUUUACGAAUUAGAUAUAAUGGUGGUAAAAUUUAUACAUACAUUGGAGAGGUAUGUGUCAGUAUAAAUCCAUAUAGGAAUAUAAAUAUAUAUGAUAAUGAACAUAUUAAUAAAUAUAAAGACAGAGAGUUAUUUGAAAAUCCACCACAUAUUUUUGCAAUUGCUGAUGCAGUGCAUAAAGAAAUGAAACAACAACGACGUGAUACUUGUAUAGUAAUAAGUGGAGAAUCAGGUUCAGGUAAAACAGAAGCAAGUAAAAUUAUUAUGAAAUAUAUUGCUGCUGUUACAAAUUUAAGUGGUCAACAAGAAAUAGAAAGAGUAAAAAAUAUUCUUAUACAAUCCAAUUCAAUAUUAGAAGCUUUUGGAAAUGCAAAAACAAAUAGAAAUGAUAAUUCAUCUCGAUUUGGAAAAUAUAUGGAUAUAGAUUUUAACUUCAAAGGGGAUCCAAUUGGUGGGCAUGUUACUAAUUAUUUAUUAGAAAAAUCAAGAGUUGUAUAUCAGCAAAAUGGUGAAAGGAAUUUUCAUUGUUUUUAUCAGUUAAUAAAUGGAUGUAGUGAAGGAGAAUUGAAUAAAUUACGUUUGGUACGAGAUCCAGCUGCAUAUUUCUAUGUUGGUGCAGGAAAUUGUAAUAAAGCAAGUCCAACUGAUAAAAGUGAUUAUAAAACUGUUACCUCUGCUAUGUCUAUUCUUGGAUUUACUCAAAAUGAAAUGCAAACAAUUUGGAAUAUUAUUGCUGGGAUAUUACAUUUGGGUAAUAUUACUUUUAAAUUUAUUGAGGAUAAACUUUUUAUUGAAAAUAGAGCUGCUUUGAAUGAUACAGCAAAUUUAUUUUCUAUUAGUAUACAAGAAUUAAGUACGGCUCUUACUCAAAGAGUUAUUGCAGCUGGUGGAGAAGUUAUGCAAAAAACUCAUACUUCAACAGAGGCAGAAUAUGGUCGAGAUGCCUUAGCAAAGGCUAUAUAUGAAAGAUUAUUUACUGAAAUUGUAUCUCGCGUCAAUAGUGCAAUUAAUGUAAAUGAUACAGAAACUUAUAAAAGAUAUAGAACUGUAAUUGGAGUACUUGACAUAUAUGGUUUUGAAAUUUUCGAUGUAAAUAGUUUUGAACAAUUCUGUAUUAAUUAUUGUAAUGAAAAACUACAACAAUUGUUCAUUGAAUUAGUAUUAAAACAACAACAAGAGGAAUAUGAAAGAGAAGGUAUUGCAUGGCAAAAUAUUGAUUAUUUCAAUAAUCAAAUAAUUUGUGAAUUAGUAGAACAACCUCAUAAAGGAAUUAUAGCAAUUAUGGAUGAAGCUUGUCUUAAUGUUGGCAAAGUUACAGAUGAAAUGCUUUUGGAAGCUAUGGAUCAAAAAUUACUUGAUCAUAAACAUUAUACUUCUCGGCAAUUAAAACCAAUGGAUAAAGAACUCCAACAUAAAGUUCAAUUUAAGAUUAAACAUUAUGCUGGAGAUGUAAUAUAUAAUAUUAGUGGUUUUUUAGAUAAAAAUAAAGAUACAUUAUUUCAAGAUUUUAAACGUUUACUUUAUAAAAGUAGUAAUCCAAUAAUUAGUAAAAUGUGGCCUGAAGGUGCUCAAAAUAUUUUAAAAACAACAAAAAGGCCUUUAACAGCUGGAACUCUUUUUCGUAAUUCCAUGACAGCACUAGUUAAAAAUUUAACAAGCAAAGAACCAUUUUAUGUUAGAUGUAUAAAACCUAAUGAAGUUAAAUCACCGGUUGUAUUUGACGAAGAAAGAGUCAAUCAUCAAGUACGAUAUUUAGGUCUUCUUGAAAAUGUAUUAGUUAGAAGAGCAGGUUUCGUAUACCGUCGACGAUAUGAUACAUUUUUAAAACGAUAUAAAAUGAUAUCACAAUAUACUUGGCCAAAUUUUAAAGGUGGUAAUGAUAAAGAUGGUGUGCGUAUGUUAAUGGAUGAAAAAGGAUUCAGUAAUGACGUGGAAUAUGGACAUACUAAAAUAUUUAUUCGUUCACCUAAAACACUUUUUGAAUUAGAGAAAGCACGUAGCGAUUUAAUUCCAGGUAUCGUAAUAUUAUUACAAAAACAAUGGAGAGGAUAUUUAUGUCGUCAAAAAUAUAAAAAGAUGAAAGCUGCCCUUGUUAUAAUGAAACAUUAUCGAAAAUAUAAAAUAUAUGCUUAUAUCAAGGAACUAGAAAAAAUAUUUCGAAAUGCAAAAACAAUGCGAGAUUAUGGUAAACAUUUAAUUUGGCCUCGUGAAAACUUCGCUGUAAGACAUAUAAUAUCUGUUUUAAAAAUAAUGUAUGAAAGAUGGUGGGCAUGGAUGAUUCUUAGACUUAUCCCUAGAGAGGAUUGGCCUCAACUACGAUUAAAAAUGGCCGCGGGAAUAGUUUUACGUUCAAAGCGAUUUCAUUGGGGACAAGAUAGACGAUGGGAAGGGAAUUAUCUUUCUAAACCGGAUGAAAAUGCUCAUAGUGAUAUUUUUAAUUCUUCAAUAAAUAAUCUUCGCAAUACUGAUCAUUUUAAAGCAGUUUUAUUUAGUGCAUUUAUUAAAAAAACCAAUAGAUUUAAUAAAUCAAAAGAUCGUGUACUAGUAGUUACCGAACAUGCAAUAUAUAAACUUGAAAAUUCUAAAUUCAAAAAUAUGAAAAAAGGUAUGCCAAUAACAGAAAUAACAGGUUUAAGUGUAUCACCUGGAAAAGAUCAACUUAUAGUAAUUCAUUCAAAUCGAGGAAAUGAUUUUAUUAUGUCAAUUAUUGCUAAAGAUGAUAGAAUUGGAGAACUUGUUGGUAUUUUAAGUAAUAAAUAUAAUCAAUUACGUUUUGCUGAUUUACAAGUUACAGUGGAUGUAAAACUUAAAUGUAUGUUAGGAAAUAAAAGCAAAGUUUUACGAUUAGAAGUAAAUCCUGAAGUUUAUGAACCAACAUUUAAAAAAGAUGGUGAAAAUAUUAUAUAUGCCAUUCCGCCGUCAAUUGGUAUAAUUGAUGGAAGCGUUGCUACAAGGUUUCAUUCUAGAACUACUAAUUAAAGUACAUAAUGUUUGAACUGCCUUUUUAAUAUUUUAUUAUAAAUAUUACAAUUAAAUUAUUACAUAUACUAAAAUAAUAUUCUGCAAAAGUAUUUUUUGAAAAUAUUUUUUUAUUUAUAAAUUUUUUAAUGUACAAAUUUAUAAAUAAUGUUAAAAACAUGAAUUAGAAUCGUAAGUUAAAAACAAGUGACAAUAUUAAUUUAAUAACAAAAAGUAUUUUGAUGCAAAUAAAUAAAUUAUUAAAAGUUAUUAAAUAAGUAAUUACUAUAUAAAAAUAGUUUAACAUUGCUUAAUUAAAUUUUAUGUAAAUACAUACAAAAUUCACUACAAGUAAUGCAUUUAAAUUAUAAAGAAUAAAUAAUGUAUUACUUAAGUGAAAUAAGUUGUAAAUUUUUCAAUUGAAAUGUUAGAAUAUUAUGAGUAAACAUAGAAUAAUAAAAUAGGAAAGUAACACAGUAUUGUUUUAAAAAUGUAUCAUUUUUUGAUACAGUAGUCUUAAAUGUUUAUCAAUGUGGCAUUUUACUUAAAAUAUUUUUGAAAAUAUAUUUUUACAUUAGUAUUAAAUAUUUAUAUAUUAUAAAAAAAUUUAAUUAGAUUUAUAAAUUAUAUUUUAUAAAAUAUUUUAAAAAUAUAAAUUUAAUUUUAUAAAAAAUAUAUAAUUUAUAUUCAUGUUAAAAUUGAUAUAAAAUUGAUAUAUAUAAUUGAUAAAUUGAUAUCAAUUAAGAUUAAUAAAAUUCUAAAUAUUAAAUAUACAAAAAAUUAAAUACAACUAAAGAAUUUGUUAUAUUGUUUAGAUUUAAAAUUUUCUAAUCUUGUUAAUAUUAUGUAAAUGAUGUUAUACGAAUUGAAAUAUAAAAUGUAAAACACGUUAUAAAAUAGUGCCAUUAUAUAAAUAAAUCAACGUUUUUACAUAUUUUUACAUAUUUAUAUCAAAUUGUAUCAGCAACUAUAAUUGGGCAAUAAAUAAUAAAUUAUUUAUAUGCAAUCAAAAUUUCUAAUAUUUUUUUGUAAAAUAAAAAACACAACUUUAUUAUUUAUUAUAUUUUUUAUUGUUGAAGUGUAAUAGAAUACAUUUUUUAUACAAAAUAAUUGUAUAAUCUAAUCAAUGCGUUGAUAUAAAUAUAUAUAUCCUAAUUCUUUUGGUGGAUUUUCAGAUAAUGCAACCUGUAAUAAAUGAUUCAAAUAAAUAAAUUUUAUUAUGUUUAA